UAAGCAAUAAAUAUACAUAUAAUUAAAAAUUCGAUUUUGUUAACAUAACUAACAAAAAUGCAUUAAGUUAGGAGUUAACUAGCAUUUAUAUCAAUUAUAUAUUUUGGAAAGUAAAAAAUAGCUGUUGGUGAUAUCCGAUGUAAGUUUAGAAAGUUAGUAUUUUAAUUUGAUUUUGUUUAGGAAAUUACUAUUAAUUAGUGAUUAUAAAUAGGAGAGAAAUAUAUAAUUUUUUUCACCAACUUUUCCAAAAAAAAUAUAAGCAAAGACAUAGAAGAAAGACUGCUCUAAGUUUCUGUGGAGAAGAUAAAAAGAAGAAUCUCCAAGUUCGUGUCUGAUCAAAUCAAGAGUCUACAGCUUUUUCCUUUUUGUCUAACCACUAUCCAGGUUCUAUUGUUCUAUUAUUAUUUAUUUGAUUAUGGCUCCUGAUUGUGGACACAAAAAACGUCAAAAGAAAAAAGAAACUGAAAAAUUCAUAGAGUUUCAAAGAGGUGCUUUUCAUAAGUUUUUAAUUAAAAAACCAAAAGAUGCUUCUUCCACUCAAAACAAUGAAACUGAAAAUGAAAAUACAGAAGAUAUGAAUAAAAAGGAUGAUAGUGUUGAUGUUUGUGUGCCUAGAGAUGAUAAUGAUUGUGAUGAUGUUUGUGAGAGUAAUCUUAAAAAUGCUGAUUGUUUGAAUUCAAAUGAUGAUGAUUUAGAAAAAGUAAACGAUGAGAAGUUAUGCCAAAAGAGAUAAUAUAUCCUAUUGACAUUUUGAAUUAUUUGCUGCGUGCUAAUUCUUUUCCAAGUGCUAUUAUUGCCUAUAGAAUUUUACUAACUAUUCCUGUAACUGUUGCAUCUGCAGAGAGAAGUUUUUCGAAACUAAAAUUGUUGAAGUCAUAUCUGCGGACAACAAUGAUACAAGAAAGAUUAAAUGGGCUAGCGAUGAUUGCAAUUGAAAAUGAUAUUUUGGAAAAGAUCAAGUUUGAUGAUUUGGUCGAUGACUUUGCAUCAAAAAAAGCUAGAAGAUUGGCAUUAUUCAGAUGAAAAAAAAACAGAUUGGGUCUAGGAAGGGUUUGAGACGGCCCUGAAAAGAAUAUGUUGUCCGCUUACUCUAAUGUUGAUAUUUUGGUGAUGGUACUUAGAGCAUCAUUAACGCGCGUGUUUUGAUCAACGCUUAGCAUUAAGUAUAAUUAAAAAUAAAAAAAAAAAUAGGAAAAGGAAAAACACGGCGCUUAAUUAAGCCCGUGAAACCACGCUGCUUGUGUGCACGUGUCAAGAAAUGAGAGGGGAGAGUUUCGGUUACGCGUGAAACGAAACCAAACUUGGUUUUCUCUCUCUCUCUCUCUCUCUCGAAUCCUCUCUCCCGACGAAAGGCGAAUCGAUUUCGUCUCGGUGGCUCUGUUAUCGUCGGUGACGUCUCCCUCGGUGGCUCCGCGUCGACGAUCAAGAUGGUGGUUCUCCUAGAAGGCGACGGACCUCUCGCGACGCUGGCUCUCCUCUCAUCUCCAGGUGUAUUGGUGGCGAGGGAGCUCUCUCUCGGUGGAUAUGAAGCCUUCCUUCUACCUCGUCGAUUAGGUAUAUCGGUGGCGACAGAACUCUCCUCGACGGCGAGGAGCUCUCCUCGACGGCGACGGAGCUCUCCUCGACGGCGACGGAGCUCUCUCUCGGCGAAGGUAAAGCUUCUGUUUUGUAUUGAGAUGGAUUCAUCAAAUAUGAUUCGAUUUGUUCUGUAACUAGGUGAAAAUAGAUUUGUUCUGUAAUUUCUAUACAUGAUUUUAUACUCUUCAGUGCUUGUUAUCAUAAUAGAUAUUGGACCGAGAUAGAUGAAAAUAGAUUUGUUUGUAACUAGGAUUCAUCAAAUAGUUACAACUAGGAUUCAGUUUAAGGAUUCAUCAAACAAUAGUUACUUUCACCUAGGAUUUGUUUCAAUUAAGAUGGAAGGAUCAAAGCUUAGUUUAUUUCUAUCUGUUUUCGCUCUUUGGAUAUUUGAUUCGUUUCUGUGUGUUUGUGUCUUAAUGCGAGGAUGGAGGCUACAAGACGAAGCAACAUAUUCAAAGCAGAGGAGUACAUUUGGUCUUCACGAGACAGGAGCAAUGGGAGCGGAAUGGGAAGAGGAAAUGCUUGUGUCUACUCGUUUGUGUCAAGGGUCUGUUGUAUGUUGUAUUUUUGUGUCAUCACGGGUCUUGUAUUUUUGUGUCACCAGUGUGUCAUUUGUAUUGUUGUGUCACGAGUCUUGUUUGUGUCAAGGGUCUGUUGUAUGUUGUAUUUUUGUAUUGUUGUGUCACGGGUAUUGUGUCAACUCUUGUAUGUCAUUUUUUUUCUUGUGUCAACUCUUGUAUGUGUCACGAGUCUUGUAUCUUUUUUUUCUUGUGUCAAGUCUUGUAUGUGUCUAUAUAACUUUGCAUACCAAUUGAAACCAAAAUCACAAUCUAUCUCUCUUCUAAAAUCCACAAUUCUUUCUCUCUUCCAACUAUUUCUCUCUUCCAACUAUUUGCCCACUAAUAUGGCAUCUUCUUCUAAUAACAAUUUUGAAAAAGUAACUGAUGAAAGUUUUGAUCAACGUUUUGAUCAAUAUUUUGAUCAACGUUUUGAUCAACGUUUUGAUCAACGUUUCGAUCAAUAUUUCGAUCAAGCUCUCGAGAAUGUUGCCAUUAAUAAUGGAAAAAAAACCAACACCAGAAAAAAAAGACAAUAUAUUGAAAGAAAUCGUGAAGAAGGCGAUCUACGCUUGUGGAAUGAUUAUUUCAGCGAAACUCCAACAUACGAAGGUCAUCUAUUCCGACGACGUUUUAGAAUGAACAAACCAUUGUUCAUGCAUAUCGUUGAUCGACUCUCCAAUGAAGUUGAAUUCUUUCGACAAAAGAGAGAUGCUCUCGGAAGGCUUAGUCUCUCUCCACUACAAAAGUGUACAGCAGCCAUUCGUCUCUUGGCAUAUGGUAGUGCUGCUGAUACUGUCGACGAAUACCUCCGCCUCGCUGAAAGUACAAGUCGGUCAUGUUUGGAGAAUUUUGUUGAAGGAAUAAUUCAAUUGUUCGGCGAUGAGUAUCUAAGAAGACCAACAGAAGCUGAUCUUCAACGCCUACUUUAUAUUGGAGAGCAUCGUGGAUUUCCCGGGAUGAUAGGAAGCAUCGACUGUAUGCAUUGGGAGUGGAAGAAUUGUCCCACUACUUGGAAAGGGCAAUAUUCUCGAGGUUCGGAUAAACCAACAAUCGUUUUAGAGGCAGUUGCUUCAUAUGAUCUCUGGAUAUGGCAUGCAUUUUUUGGAUCUCCAGGUACCUUUAAUGAUAUCAAUGUUCUUGAUCGUUCACCUGUUUUUGAUGACUUAAUACACGGUCAAGUUCCGCAAGUCACGUACUCCGUUAAUGGAAGAGAGUAUCAUUUAACUUACUAUCUCACCGAUGGUAUUUACCCGAAAUGGGCAACUUUUAUCCAAUCUAUUCCACUACCACAAAGUCCGCAAGCAGUUUUAUUUGCUCAACGUCAAGAAGCUGUCCGAAAAGAUGUCGAGCGUGCUUUUGGAGUCCUGCAAGCUCGCUUUGCCAUUGUUAAAAAUCCAGCACUUUUUUGGGAUAAAGUUAAGGUUGGGAAGAUUAUGAAAGCAUGUAUCAUACUCCAUAAUAUGAUAGUAGAAAACGAACGAGAUGAUGUGGUGUGGGUAAACGAACGAGGUGGAUACAUUCGGUAUGAUAUUUCAGGGUUCCAAGAUGGAGAAGGUUCACAUGUCGAUCUCAACUUUUCUACAAAUACAGAUUCAAUGAUUCCCGAUAUGAUUCCUACUGAAACUACAAUUCGUGAUAUACAAAUGCAUCAACAAUUGAAAGAUGAUUUGGUUCAACAUAUAUGGCAUAAAUUUGGGCAUGAAGGAGACAACAACUAAUCUCGGGACCGGAUUUCAAAUUAUUCUCGUUUAUUUACUAAUGUUUUUUUUAUGUUUUUAUUUCAAUUUAUGUUUUUAUUGUUAUCUUUUAAUAUGUUUCAUAUAAUA